AUGGCUUUUUUCAAAAGAGAGCCUGAUGAGCUUAUCAAUCGUGAGCAAGCUCAUUCCAUAGGCUCAGCACUCCACAAAAGCCCAAUCUGGUGGAAGGAAGCUAGCGUCUAUCAGAUCUACCCGGCAUCCUUCUGUGACUCUAAUGGCGAUGGUAUUGGUGAUCUCCAGGGCAUCAUCUCUAAGAUUCCCUAUCUCAAGUCGCUUGGUGUUGAUAUAGUGUGGCUAUGUCCGAUUUACAUGUCCCCGCAGAGGGACAUGGGCUACGACAUUUCUGACUAUCGCGCCAUUUAUCCCCCAUAUGGCACUAUGAAUGACUGGCGAGUGCUGAAAAGGGGGUUGAAAGAGGUCGGUAUCAGAAUAAUCAUGGACCUGGUCGUGAAUCACACCUCUGAUGAGCAUGAAUGGUUUGUUGAAUCAAAAUCAAGCAAGGACAGCGACAAAAGGUCGUGGUACUAUUGGCAACCUCCCAAGUAUGAUGAGUAUGGUAGUCGUCAGCCUCCCAAUAAUUGGAGAUCAUUUUUCGGUGCCGAGUCAGCUUGGGAAUAUGAUGAUACUACUGGCGAGUACUAUUUGCGCCUCUUCACCAGAACCCAGCCGGACCUUAACUGGGAGAAUCCAAAAGUCCGCGAAGCGGUCCAAGACAUCAUGAACUUUUGGUUAGAAGAAGGAAUCGAUGGCUUCCGCAUUGAUGCGAUCAAUUACAUCGCGAAAGCGCCCAGGUUUCCCGACGCGGAGGUCAUCGAGCCCUCGGCAUCCCAUCAGCCAGCCAUGCAUUUGUACCUCAACAGACCGAAGUGCCAUGAAUAUCUACGCGAGCUCGGCCAGCGAGUUCUGGGCAAAUACGAUAUCAUGACUGUUGGUGAAACUCCCCAUGUGGACGAACCCGACAUGGCCCUACAGUAUGUUCACCCUUUGCGGGAAGAGUUUUGUAUGAUCUUCUCGUGGGAGCACAUGGAUAUCGACCGCAUCCCUGGGACCAUGCUUGGCUGGCGGGAGUUCUCUCUAGCGACUUUGAAGGGCAUUGUGAACAAAUGGCAGACAGCAAUGCAAGUGCACGGCGGUUGGAACAGCUUGUACCUGGAAAACCAUGAUCAAGGCCGGAGCAUCUCGCGGUUUGGAAGCGACAGUUCUGAAUUUCGAUGGCUAUCAGGCAAGCUACUCUCGAUGUUUUUGGCAAGUCUUAGUGGAACUUUGUACGUGUUUCAGGGACAGGAAAUUGGAAUGAUCAACCUGCCCCGCGAAUGGGGAAUUCGGGAGUACACCGAUGUUGUUUCCGAGAUGCACUAUCGGCAAGAGAAAGAAAAGAAAGGAAAGACGGUGGCGGAGCAAGACAUGGAGGAUGUCAUGGAUGACAUACAGAAGAAGGCGAGAGACCACGGGAGGACGCCGAUGCAGUGGUCCGGCACACUGCCACAUGCCGGGUUCACGGCAAGCGUACCGUGGCGCAAGGUGAACCCUGAUUACAGGGUUUGCAAUGUGGAGAGUGCAGAAACCGAUCCGAACAGCAUUCUGGCGUUCUGGAAACAAAUGAUACAGCUGAGAAAACGGUGGAAGACGCUGGUAUACGGCGAUUUCAUAUUGUUACACCCCCAGCACGAGCAGCUUUUCGUAUACAAACGCACCUUGGUUGGAACUUGUGAUGCCUUGAUACUGUUGAAUUUCUCCGACCAAGAGGUGACCCUUGAUUCGGUACUUGUGUCGACCAUGCACCAUGCCCACCUGGUGCUAGGUAACUACGAGAAGGUGGUCAUAUCUAUACCAACUACCUUGAUCUUCAAUGAUCUUCAAUGA